CAAGCAUCGACAGUGAUGCUACAAUACUAUCCGCAAGGAUUCCAGAUGAAACUUGUUAGUCUGUGGGGCCGUCCGCUAGAGUCGGCUACAGUGAACGCUUAGCAUCAGCUUUGGACUAUCUAUCCAUAAUUCCAAGCCCACUUUAGCGCCCUUAAGAAAAGACCCUCCUUAUAAUACUGGCCCCAUGCGAUAUGGAUGAUAUGAACUGAAUGAGCUAAUACUCGGAAUGCCGAGACAUUUGCACUUCGUCAGAUUGCGCGCCUCUCUCUCCACUUUCUCUUCCUCAAGGGCUAUGUUUUUUGCUCUUCAUGAAUGAGCCAAACUGGCUCCCUAGCGCUCAUGGAGAAUGCAUUGUCUCGAAACGCCAUGGUUGCGCUGGUCGCAUUUGUAUUGUUCUCUGCGCGCUCUGUAAUAGCAGCAGGUAGUCCGAUUAAUUUGCCUCCGAGCCAGUGGUGGGAUGGUAACGAUGGUCCAUGGUCUACCUUCAGCAUCCUCGUUGGAACGCCCGCCCAGAACGUUCGCGUCAUUCCUGGCACCGGCCAAUCGUCAACCUCGGUCGUCGAUUCCGCAUAUUGUUAUAAUUCCGAUGGCAGCGUCAAAUACACAGAUUGUCUGAAAGAUCGUGGACUGAUGUACACGGCGGGUGACUCGAGCACGUACGAGUCAAAGGGCAUGUUCGAUGUCAGCCUCUAUUGGGAGAACAACCUGGGCAUAGCUGCAAACGCUACGUAUGGCUACGACACCAUUACAUUGGGCAUUCAAGGCUCUGGCCUUCCAAGUCUGACUCAUCAGCUCAUAAGUGCUGUUCAGGUUCGCCAGUAUUGGCUAGGGACGUUGGCGCUCAAUCCUCGCCCUCUAAACUUUACCGAUUUGAACAAUCCGCAGGAGAGUUUACUUCAGGCUCUGCGCAAACUCGAUGACCCAAUUCCAAGUACAAGCUGGUCCUAUACCGCGGGAUCAUACAAUCACGAACCGAAAGCUUUUGGCAGUCUUGUCUUAGGUGGCUAUGACACAACAUACUUCACUCCCAAUGACGUAACCUUUGAUUUUUACCAAGACAUUUCAACGGACACCAUGGUUGCUGUACAAUCCAUCGGGUCUAAUAUAACAGAUCAGUCGCUUCUAAGCUCAGGCAUAUUCGCUUAUGUCGACACCUUGGUUCCUGAGAUCUGGCUACCAACCGCGGCGUGUCAAGCCUUCGAAGAUACGUUCGGGAUAGAAUGGGAUGAAACGGCCAGUCUUUACAAGAUCAAUGAUACGAUUCAUGAUGAUUUGCUACAAAAGAAUCCGGUCGUCACUUUCAAGAUUGGGCCUGGUCUGACAGGCGAUGCAGUUAAUAUCGAGAUGCCUUAUACCAAUCUCUAUUUAACUGCCUCGUCGCCGAAGGUUCAGAACAGCACGCGAUACUUUCCUCUGCGGCGAGCAGAAAGCGACAAUCAGUAUACACUAGGCCGCGCCUUUCUCCAAAGUGCGCAUCUUUCAGUCGACUACGAACGCCAAAUAUUCAAUAUCUCACAAGCGUUGUACCCAUCAAGCAACACACCACAAAACCUUGUCGCGAUCCUCGAGCCGACUGUAUUAACCGCAAAUAGUACCGACGUUACUCAAUCAGGACACGACAGACUAGCUACAGGUGCAAUCGCCGGGAUAGCAAUCGGCGCAAUCGCCGUAAUCACGGUCGUGGUCAUAAUUUUCUUCUUUGUCUAUCGUAGACACCGCCGUGCAAAGAACACCCCCUUCGACCCACGAUACGACAAAGCCGAGUUAGACGCCAUCGAACAAAAUAUUACCAUCGGCCCAAACAAACAAGAGCUUGACGCCAGCAGCGAUACCCCCCACGAAGUACUCGGUGGCACAGACUCCCAGGCUGAGCUUGACGCUGACGAGCGCUCCAAACGCCAGGAGGUUGAUGGCGAUGUUCCACGUCCAGUCUUUGAGAUGGCGGCUGAGCCAGUGUCACUCCCGGAACUCGACACUCCGGACGCAAAGGAUCCGGAUGCAAUAUCAAGAAUGAGACAUGAGAUGCCAACGUCGUCGAAUGAUCCGCAUGCAUCGGAAAAAAGUGCACUGGAGGCGCAUCAGCCUGCGGAGCCUGUGCAGAGGCCUUCACCGAGGUAUGAGGAGGUCCUGCUACCGCCGUCGGUUGGCUCCAGGACAAUUUCGCCACAGGCGGUUGCAGAGCAUAUCAAUCGGCGGCUGUCGCCAGACAAGAGAGGCCGAAAUCCGUGAAUGCCGUGAUGUUUCUUGUUACAAGAAAAGUCAAAAGUAUCUCGGCAAUACGCGAGCUGGCUGUUGAUAGCCCGCCGUGGAAGAUUGAACUUUUACGUCC